AUGAAAAAUAACAUUCCAUAAAGUCCUUCCCCAUACAAAUUAAAGGAUUCUAAUUUAAACUAUGAUACUUAACAAUAUCAAGAAUUAAUGAAAAAUUUUGAAAAUUUAAUCAAAGUCACUUAAGACAAACUCUAUUCUAAUUAAAAAAAAAUAGAAGAAACUUGUAAGUGUUCAAUAGAAGAUCAAUAUUAAGCUUUAUUAAUGGAAAAUGAGAAUCUAAAAUAAUUGCUAUCUGAAUUACAAAUGAAAUUAGAACAUGAUAAUUCAAAUGUUAAACCAAUUGAAUAACAAUAAUAAUUUGAAUCCUUUAUGAAAGAAGCUGUAUUAAAAUCAGAAUAAUAAAAUGAACUUAUAGAAAGAUUAUAAUAACAAACAUUUGAAUUUUAGUAAUAAUUGUUAAUUGAAAAAGGUUAACAUUGUUAAACCUAAAAAUAACUUUCAGAUAUUCAGGAAGAUUUUCAUAAUUAUAAAAAAGAACGAACUCUAUAAUAAUGUUAUGAUUUCGAAGUAACUGAAAAAAUCACUCAAGGCUAUUCAGAAUUAGUUAAAGAAAAUCAAAAAUAGAAAUAAGAACUUAAAGAACUUUAAUUAGAAAUAGACAAGUUAAGAAUUGCAUUAAAUUAAGCAUACAUAUCAUUAUCAAAACAAUAAUAAUAACAUAAAAUAUCUUAAAGAAUUAUAAAUCAAGAAGAAAUACAAACAACUGGAACUUAGACAGAGGCUAUAAUAUAUUAACAACAUGAAAUAUUAAAGGAAAGAAUAAAUAAUUAAAUGUACAAUUUAGAAAAAUUCAUCUCUUAAUAUUUAGAUAAAAAGAAGAUGAGAAAUAAAUCAGCCAAUGAAAAUAAAUUUUAUACUGAUCUAAGUUGUUGGGUUGAAUAAGCAAAAUAUGAAUUGAUUUCUUUAAAAUAAUAAAUUACAGCAUUGGUUACUGAAAAAGAACAUUAAAAAGAAUAACUAAUUGCAGUCAAAUAAGAUUUCGAAUAAGUUUAGAAUUCUUUAAUUUAAGAAACACAAGUAUUAAAAAGUGAAAUUAAAAGUUAGAAUGAUAAAUAUUAAAUAUUAUUAGAAGAUUUUAAUAGAGCUUAAAAUAAAUAUAUUGAAAUUGCUGAAGAGAAGAAAUUAACUCAUAAUAUCAGAAAUUAAUUAGAAAGAGAACUUAAUGAAUUAAAAUUAAAACAUGAAUAAUUAAUAUUAGAGUCUAACUCUUAUGAUACCUAAUUUAAAAUAAUUACUUAAUCCUAUUAAAGUGAUAAGAAAUUAUAUGAAGAUUAAUUAGAUAAAUUAUAAUAGAAAAAUCUAUCUUUAGAAUCAGAACUCAAUUAAAGUUUAAUAUAACAUGAAUAAAUAAUCAAAUAACUUUAAGUAGCAAAUAUUAAUAUUUAACAAUUAUAAUAAUAAUUGUAAGAAUCUUAAGAAAUUGCCAAUCAUUAAUCUGAAUAGUUUUAAUCAACAUAAGAUAAAAUUACUUAGAUAAUUAAGGAAAAAGAAUAACUUUUAAUUACAAAUAUGGAACUUGAAUAAAAUUAAUAAUUAUUGAAAGAGAAUAUAAAUAAACUUAAAGAAUUUUAAUCCAAAUCUGAUAAAGAAAAAUAAAGCAAUCAAAAUCUCAUCUAUGAAAUGGAAAAAGAGAAGGAAGAUUUAAAAAUAUAUUGUUAAAAAUUAUAGUAGGAUUUAACAGAUAGAAAUGUUUAGUUAACAUCUUUAAAAGAGCAAGUAUCAAAUAUGGAAUAUUAAUUAUAUUUAACUCCAUCUGAUGAUAAGUCUAGAAUUGAAAAUACCUAUAUGUCAUCAAAGAUUGAGGAUUUAGAAAGUAUUUUGAAAGAAAAAGAUUAAAAAAUUGAAGAUCUUGAAAGGUUGUAUCAUUUAACUAACUAUGAAUUGAGAAUCUUAUAGGAUUAUUAAUCAACAUUUGAAAAAGAUUUAGAUUUUUAUAAAACCAAAGUUUCAAAAUUAGAAUAAGAGUUAAUAGAAUAACAUAAUGUUUUAUCCAUUUCAAAAACUUCAGUCAAUUCAAAUAUACGUAAAAUAUUAAUUUAAAACAUUUAGCAAUUAAUAAAUUUGAUGAAUAAAUUAAAAUCAUGUCUUCACCUAUUUCUUCUUUAAAAAUAGACUCUUAAAGUAAUAAUGGAUCUCCUUAGAUUUAAGUUAAAAUAUUAUCUGGUGAAAUUCAGAGACUGAGUCAAAUUGUCAAAAUAUAAUAGAAGAAAUUAUUAGAUUUAUAAUAUUUUAUUGAAAAAAUGAUUACAUCAAAUGAAUAAAAUAGAUUAUUAGCUAAAUAAAUCCUUCUCUAAGCUAGUUAAUGUGGAGAAAUUAAUGGAUAUAAUUUAUUUGAAAAAGUAAAUCUUAAUACACAAAUCAGUGUUAAUUCAUGUGAAACUUUUGGUAUUAAUGUUCAAAGCAUUGAAAAACAUGAAUUUUGA